GCAGCUAAAAUAAAACGUCCAUUUUCACUUCCUGUCAAGUGUGUGGCAGAUCCCGCUAUUUCGGCCUCCUUCCGAGCUGUUUCUGCACGGCUACUCAGUAUCUCACUUCCGUAGGAAAUAAUUGGCGUUUGCUGAUCGCUAGUACUAGCCUGGAGCAAUGAGGGAACUCUUGCCUCUCGUGUUUAGAACAAAUUCUAACUUUCGGAGAAGACGUAAGAUCUAUUCGUGACAAUAUUCUGUAAUAUUUAUCUAGAGAUUCCGCCUUGCAGAAGAGCAGCGGGAACAACUAAAACUACUCUUUCCUUGCUAUCACUUUCACGGUUGUGAGUAAGUGACGAUGGUCCACGGAGCCUCUCGUAGCGGUGAUAUGGAUAAAGACGCAGUGACCAUCGUCACAAUCCAGCUCGUAGUCAGCCUGCUGGUUAUGCCGAUAACGCCAGUGCUGUGGCUGUGUGGGGCAGGCUCAAUGUCCAGCGCCGUACAGCGAUUCGCCCGAAUGUCCCCGGCGGUGUGGACGCUGUUCUUCUCUUUGCUGAUGCACGGCGCGGGCGGCUACUUUUUCGGAAUCGUCCGAGUAGCAAUUGUGCCAAGUGAUUGGUUUCUGACAUGUCUGUACUCGCUGCUGGGUGCGUUGUCCGUACUGGUGAUGGCAGUGGGCUCCUACUGUUUAGCCAUCCUACUGCGAUGGGGCCGGCAGUAUCAACCACAGUCGUUGCCCAUUCGCACCUACCCUGCCAACCGCAACAGCACUGCUGCUACUGCUGAUAAGCCCGUACAAAAAACGAAUGGAAAGCACGGGAGCCUUAAAGAUGAUGACCGUGAUGACGGCGAUACCCCUGUGGUCAAUGGCCGCAUUUCUCUGCACAGGGUUCUGCAGUUUAUUUUUCCCGUUGCCGAGGCGGCGUUCGUCGAGCUGGCGUGGCGCGUGUACCUGUUGCCACGGCUACUGAACGCCAUAGCGCCCGAGCUGGCGCUGCUGUGCAUGUCGUUCCUGGCCACUCUGUCCAUACUGCCGAUAGUCCUAUUCUGCAUCUGCGUAGAUGUACUUGUUUACCCGGACACGGCCAAGUGGUCGGAGGAGCCGAUGAUCACCCGCCACCCUCCCACGGCCCUCAGCGUUCUCGCCUACCUGCUGCACAUGCUCGUGUUCAACAUGCUGCUGGGCACCGUCACCAUGGCAGCGAACUUUUGCAUAUGGCCGGCUGUGUGCGUGUCUCUGUACUGGGAGCACGUGUCGGGUGUUGUGUCCGGCGGGAUGCUGAUCAGCUCGUAUCUACCGCUGGGCAUGGAGGCUCUGUUCAACGCCCGCCACACGCUGGUGGAUCAGAAGAUAGUGCCGUGUGGCUGGCUGCGCGGACCGCCGUGGAAGGUCAGCUCGGAGGGUCUGUGCGGCGUGUUUGCCAUGCUGCCAGUGCUGGCCGUGAUCAUGAACUACACCGUGCCGUUCUGGACUAGAGAUCAACUGGCUGACUUGCUUCCACAUGGUGCUAUUCAUACGCACACAUAGCUCAGAACAUGCUUCAUGCUGUUAUCCCGGUGUGAACUGGACGUACGAACUCUGCAUAUCCAUGCACAGCUCAACACACGACCGUGAUGCAGCAGCCCGUGUGGGUACUGGACGCACUGACUCUGCAUAUCCAUGCACAGCUCAACACACGGUUGUGAUGCAGCAGCCCCUGUGUGUGCUGGACGCAGCGCAGGCACUAACAGUUGAGAAUGGCACUGUGACGGUGUGUCUGCUGAGAUUCUCAGGCUACCUGCAUCUGGCUCUGCAUUGCGGGAGGCCAGUACUGCCCUACAACUGGCCGUGCACCACCGCCGAGAAACACACCAGUGUCAGCAGCGAUUGCAGCAGCAAUAUCAGCACCAGUCUAGCCAUCUAUAACAACAACAACAACAGCAGUAGCCAUGCCUUGAAGCAGCAGCAGUGCCAUAGCAAAAUCACCACAACGAUAAGAAGAAGCGGAGCAGCCCUAGGCCCUGUGAGUCGAAUUGCAAGCAGCAUCAGAAACAGCAGCAACGGGCAGUGUUGCACGAAAACACAUCGCCGAAGAGUCCGGUGACUUCCAGCCUGAGGCAGCAGUUCCCAACAGCACCUUGGCAUUGGACCAAUCUCUCGGUACGUUACGUUGCAAUGCUGUUGACUGAGUGGGCUGGACCACUGCACAUCCACUGUACACGACAUAUGUAUGUGUAUGUGCAGUGGAAGAACUGGCGGCAUUAUUUGCUUGCUUGGCCGUGCUUGUGCAAGUCUUGUGAUCAAGAUUUGCACCGGCAUCGUGAACAUUGCUGUCUAUCUUUGCCAGCAGCAGCAGCAUGGCUGCAGACUCCAAGCCUAUUCAACUGGUGCAGUGGCCUGCUGCUAGUGCUGCUGCCACUGCUGUCUCUGUACUGCAGUCGCUGCCCUGCCACUGCGGCUGCCGCACAAGCAGCAGCCGCAGCAGUUGCUGCUGCCCGCCACUACUGCUGUGGUUUUUGUUGUUCUAAGAGACUAAGUGACAGCACAAUACAGGCUGUGAGUAUUGUACCUGGACAAUGUGAUGCUGGACAACUUAGUAGAUUGGAGAGAUGCUUUGCAUGCAGUCGGAAUGUGUGAUGAGCUGAGGGGGUAAAUUUCCGAGGUGUGCCCACUCGGCUCAAUACUCAACACUGCACAGCAAAACCUCAACACUGGCAGUGUGUUGGACAGCGAACUUGCCACACGGCUAAUUGCAAAUGAACACGCUGCUUCUACUAGCUGAGUGUGGUGUUGCUAAUAAACUAAGUCUGCUUGCAGUAUAUCCACCAAUUUUUGACGCCUCCAGGUUAUUUGUUCCAGUGCUACUGGGGCAACUAACAGUAUUGACCGUUGCCUAAAUGGAAUUAGUGAUCGGAGCUACAUGUCUACGGGCGGUCAAAGAUUGGAACAGUAAAUCUCUCCUAAUCCGGCCACGUUUGUCUACCGGGGCACCUUUCUCACCCAUCUAGAGACGCAAAAGUUGGCUUUUUAACGAAAAGCGGCCCCCAAAAAACUCUUGA